AUGCAUCAACGUAUGGGAAAUAUUGGGUUUAGCCCAUUUAUAGUUGGAGAUGGUCUUACAACUGGUAAAUUAAUCUCUUUGUCUGAGCAAGAGCUAGUUGAUUGUGACACCAAGGGUGUAGACCAAGGUUGUGAGGGUGGCUUGAUGGAUGAUGCCUUUAAGUUCAUCAAUCAAAAUCAUGGACUUAGUACCGAGACUAAUUACCCCUACACCGGUGUUGAUGGUACUUGCAACACCAGCAAAGAAGCCGUCCAUGCGGCCAAGAUAACCGGCUUUGAAGAUGUGCCUGCAAACAGUGAAGAGGCCCUUCUAAAGGCAGUUGCUAAUUGUUUGUACCCAAUUUUGAUAAAUGGACCAAAAAUGGUUUACUUCUCAAAAUAA